AUGUCCUCAGAAACAAUAUCUAAUCAAUUAGACAAAUUUAGUCUCACGUCUGCAGUCGUUGGAAUAGGCAAGACACGUGAAGAAUAUUUAAAGUUAUUUUCACGAGCAUGCAUUUCACCAUUCAACGAUCGACCCUAUGUAAUUCCUAUGUCGGGACUUUACGAUACAAUGAAUACGAGUACAAGUUUAAUUUUACUCAAUCAACGUUUCAAAAUGUCACAUUUACGUGAACAAGCAUUAUUUGAAGAACUGGCAUAUCAAUCACGAAAAGAGUUCGAUUACGAAAGUUUAAUUGAACUUGGAAAACCGAAACCAAAACCAAAACAUAGAAAGAAAACUUGUUCACCAAAUAUUUUAAUUGAUCCUUACCGACAUUUUGAAAGAGAUAAUUAUAAUGAAGAAUCGAAUCCAAGAAUGCCAUCACGUAAAUCACGUAGAAAAUCAAAACGAUCGUCGUCUAUUAAUUCUCAAUCAGAAUCUCUUGUAAUAACACAGGAAAACGUUGAUGAAGAAUUUCAAUCGAUGCCAACUGUUAUUGAAUCUCCUGGUCAAAAUUAUCGUAGCGUAGUAGAUAAAGCUAAACAAAUUGAAUUAGAUUUACAGAAAUAUCCAACUAAGCAAUCAUUUAAUGAACGUAUAAAAUCAAGCGGACCUCGCCAUAAAUUACCAUUAACAGAAGAUCAACAAAUAGUCUUAUCAGAUAAAUAUCAAAUUUAUGAUAUGAAAGAUACUAAAAUACGCCGAAGCAAUUCUUAUUCGCAAACUUUGAAUAAUCGUUUGAAAGCAGAUUUCAAUUGCAAACCACAGUUUCGUUUAAAUGAUUGUCACGAAUAUAAUAGAUAUGCAAAAUUUCUCCCAGUGACACGUUCAUUCACUCCCACUUCUGUUGCUAUGAAACCGAUGGAUACUCAAAAGCAUUUGACAAAUAAUACUAUUCGUAAAUCAUUUACGACAAGUAAUAAUAAAACUCCGCUUAUGGCUAUCCAUGGUUACGAACCAAAAUCCAUUUCAACACUACCUCUUCAGAGUUAA